AUGGCCACCGAUUUCUCCAAGCUGGGAAGACUCACCUCUUCACCAGCGACGACCGAAUGGGAUAUCAUCGUCGUGGGAUCCGGUCAUAAUGGCUUGACCGCAGCCGCCUACCUCGCAGCAGCUGGAAAGAAAGUUCUCGUUCUGGAGAAGGCUUCCUACCCAGGAGGUGGUGUAGCUAGUCUCCAGAUGGCCGAGCCCGGGUUUAUCAGCGAACGUCACAGUGCCAUUCACCAAAUGAUCCUCGCGAAUCCCAUGAUCACUCACGAUGAGCUUGGUCUGCAGUCUCGAUACGGUCUUGUGUACAAGCAGCUAGACCCGUGCUACGCCAUAGUCAUGGAAGACAAAGUCCUACCCAUCUACCGAGAGCGCCACAGAACCGUCAAUGCAAUUCGACCAUUUUCGGCAGAAGAUGCUGACGCCUACAACGUCUUUGUGGACAAAUCUCGCCAAAUCACCGAGCUUUUGAUACCUUCCAUGUUCGAGCCUCCCCGCGACAUGUCAGCGGAUAUUGCUAGCAGCCCGUCAGCUGAGGAAAUCGCCAUUGCAUCAACCAGCUCCUCUCUGGAUAUCAUCCAGAGGUACUUUAAAAGCGAGGUUCUCCAAGUGGCGUUGCUGAGAUUCGUAACUGAAAUCCAGCUUGCCCACCCCAAAUCAACCGGCACUGGCUUGAUGGCCUACCUGGCUUUUGGACUUCUUGACAUCUAUGGGCUUUGCGUCCCCGAGGGCACCGGAUCUGCAUGGACAGAGUCUGUCAUCCGGUGUCUCAGGGACCACGGUGGCGACGUCAAAUUGGAUACGGAAGUCAUCAAGAUCAUCACUGAAGGCGGACGUGCUGUUGGAGUGAGAACUCGCUUUGGAGAGCUGAGAGCGAGAGAGGCCGUCAUCGGACAGAUUCAUCCUCAUAACCUUGGAUAUCUCGUCGACGGAAUCGAUCCGUCAGUAACGAAAGCGGCCUCAAACACCCGCGUUUCUGACUUCAGUCUUCUCGUCAUCCACGCCGCCCUCGAACGCCCGCUCAAGUUCAAAGCGGGCCCGAUUGCCGACAAAACUGUCAUGAACACUUGCUGCCCAGGCAACCUCAAAGAUCUCAUCCAGAGCUACGAUGAGAUGAACCAGGGCAUCCUCCCGGAAAACAUCAUGAUCGGUUCUUCUUGCAUUAGCUCAGGUGACAAAAGCCGGUGCCCACCGGGCAAGUCGCUGCUGCACUGUGUCGUGAUGUGUAAGGCAGAGCCUGCUGACGGCGGCUGGGCCGCUUGGGAUCGCAUCAAGGACGACUGGGCGCAGAGAGUUUUCAAGUACUUUUCCAAGUACCUGGAAAACUUUACUCCCGACAUCGUUCGCUCUUAUCAUGUUGUUACUCCUUCGGAUCAUCAGUCCGACAGCGCGAGUUUCCAGCGUGGCGACAUUGCUGGUCUUUCAAUGGCAGCGGACCAGAUGGGAGUUAACCGGCCUACGCCUGCCCUCGCUCAGUACCGUGUGCCUGGCAUUGAGGGUCUUUACCUUGCCGGGCCUUUCAUGCAUCCGGGUGGAGGAGUCUGGGGCGGUGGCCGUCCAGUAGCUAAGAGGGUGCUGGAGGAUCUGGGGAUUGACUUUGACAAGAAGUUUGUGCAAAGCAGCUCGCGACUGUGA